AUGUGUUGCCAUACGAGAGAAGAACUUUACAAACAGAAAAUAGCCAACGUAGCCUUUGUAAAAGGCAAGAAGGCCUACUUUGAAAGACAAAUCUUUGAAGGGAAAAGCGCAAACAUUUUGUCUACUUUGAUGAUUUAUCCAAAGCUGUUAAUAAACGGCAUAAAGCUGUCCUAUGUAGUCUGUAGCAAAUUUUCUGUAAUCUUCAGUAGACGUCCACGAAAGAAGGACACUUGCUGGGUUCGUUUUGUAGAUGAAAAAAAUUGGAAGCCUCUAGAAAAAUUCUACAGAAAUUUUUUUGCAAUUCUCAGUAGCGUUUAUUAUUGCAGAAAUACUGAACGUUUUAUACAAUUUUUAAGGCAACGAAAAAAGAUGGAGCAGCUGCUUGAUAUACUUUUGCGCCUCCUUAGCAGCAAAUAUAGUAGACGUGAAUUAAGUCUCAAUUCUUUACCUUUUUCCAGUGGGCCUCGCAAUAUCGUCAUUGUUCGGCCCUUUCAUGAAGACCUAUCCUGUUCGCGUCACCGUCGCACAAUGACAGCACAUUUACAUUCAUUUGCUAUAUUGUUACAUGAAGAAACAUGGUCUAGUUUCGUCAAAUGAUUUUUAUUAUCAAUGAUUUCACUUGUUGGCUAGGUUUCUAAACAGAGAAAAUUUAACCCAAUUAGUAUAAUUGAUGAUUGUGGUGCUUUGUGCAGGAAUACAAUAACACAAAAAAAAAAUAAAAAAAAAAAAAUUAAAAUUAAAAAUU